CGCCCCGGCUCCCCCCGGGCGGCGGUGGGCGGGGGCCGGGCGGAGCGGGGAGCACGGAGCGGCACAUCACAGCACGGCUCGGCACGGCACGGCUCGGCUCGGCUCCGCUCUCCAGUCAUGGCAUCCAAGUGCCCCAAGUGCGACAAGACCGUGUACUUCGCCGAGAAGGUGUCUUCCCUGGGCAAGGACUGGCACAAGUUCUGCCUGAAGUGUGAGCGCUGCAACAAGACGCUGACCCCGGGUGGGCACGCUGAGCACGAUGGGAAGCCCUUCUGCCACAAGCCCUGCUAUGCCACACUCUUCGGCCCCAAAGGGGUGAACAUCGGCGGGGCCGGCUCCUACAUCUACGACAAGCCACAGAUCGAGGGGCAGACGGCUCCAGGACCCAUCGAGCACCCGGUGAAGGUGGAGGAGAGGAAGGUGAAUGCUGCACCUCCCAAGGGACCCAGCAAAGCUUCCAGUGUCACCACCUUCACCGGGGAGCCCAACAUGUGCCCACGCUGUGGCAAGAGGGUCUAUUUUGCUGAGAAGGUGACCUCUCUGGGGAAGGACUGGCACCGUCCCUGCCUACGCUGUGAGCGCUGCAGCAAGACGCUGACCCCGGGGGGCCACGCCGAGCACGAUGGACAGCCGUACUGCCACAAGCCCUGCUACGGGAUCCUCUUCGGCCCAAAGGGUGUCAACACCGGGGCCGUGGGAAGCUACAUCUACGACAAAGACCCCGAGGCGAAGAACCAGCCCUAGAUGGUGUCCUCACCUGCCUGCUGCACGCUCUGUGCCCCUCCUGUACUAACCUCCUGCUCCCAGCCCGAGCAGACCCUCACCAGGCUGGCCACAGAGCUGUGCCCUCUCUGCUGUCCCCACUCCGGGCAGGACAGCCCUGCCUGCCCCUGGGUUAUUAUCAUAGUCUCUAAUAUAAGCUUCAGUGUUUUAAGGCAAAGGUAGAAGGUGUCUCUGGUGGUUCCCAAUGCGCUCUGCCCUCCCCAGGCCCCCCAGCAGGGCAGGUGUGGGGAUGUCCCUGUGUGCAGGGCACGGUGGGUGGCACCCAAAGGGGUGAAAUGAUGGGGGAAAGUGGUGGCAGGAGUCCCACCAUGGGAUGGUGCUCCAUGCUGUCCCUCAGUGCUUGGGGGUGCCCAGCCCUCUUCCUCACCAGCUGUUGGAGAUGUGUGACACCUGGCAGCACUGCCCUUCUCCUGGCCCUUGCCAGGCUCCACGCCCUGGCUCUCAGUGUGCCUGGGUCCCACAGCUGGCCCCGUCCACUGUUAGGUCUGGCACCUCCCUACACCCCAAUCUUUGAAUCCCUGCAGGUGCAGCCAGGCAGGUGCAGCCAGGCAGGUGCCCCAGCCUGCUCUGCAGGCUGCUUUAGGUUGGUGGCACAGCCUGUGCCAGGGGGCACCUGGCAGCUGCAGCCCUGGUGGAGGGGCCUCUCCUCUCCCCACCUUUGGAGGACAGAGCGCAUUGGGCUGGUGGCCUGGGCAGCGGGGCCUCCCCCUGCUUCCCGGAGCCAGAGGUUUCUCUUUGUUGUUGUUUAUUUAUAAGCAGUUGUAAAUGUGCUCCUCGCUUUGGAGAAUGACACGUGCCCCCAUCUCACCCGUCCCUCUGUGCACACCCAGCCCUGCUGCUGCCCAGCAGAACGGGGAGGGGGCAGGGGACCCCCGGGGCAGCAGCCCUGGGUGCCAGCACCCUGCUCUCUUCAGGCUCCCUGUGCUGCUGCAGGGCUGGCUUUUGUUAUUUGCAGACAAUAAAGGUUUUGAGAGA